CGUAACACAGCCUUACUGGGACAGGGUGGUAACAGAAUCUGGAGCCGCGGUACAAGAAAGCAGCAAAAUCUGACCAGAACUGUCCUCAAAAUGGAUAAUGGAGCGAGCAGUAGAGGAGUUCCAGUGACGUCAACAUUGGGAAAGGACACGGGUCCGAGCUCAGAGAUCUCCGAGCUCCUGGCAGGCUGGAAUGAUUUCCAGCUGCUGCAGCUGACGGAUUUCUACCGGGACAGGCUGGAGCAGGCGAUGGAAGGAGGGGUGCACGGAGUGAGCCUGGCGUUAACGGCCGAGAAUCAGUUCAGCGGAGAGGAACAUCGGAAAAUCUCUGAUCUCGCUGAUAAGGGAGAGCGGGUGGACAGUUCUAAACUCCUCCUGAGCCUGGUGAUGGAGAAAGGCUCCCGCGCCCGGAGGGUGAUGUGGGAAACCUUUGUCAAAAUGCGGAUUGGUGUCCCAAAGUUGGACAAAAUACUGAAAGAAAUACAGGAACAUGGUUGUGUUCCGGUCCAGCGACCCGUCCCGGAGAUUCCCAGAGAGCUGAAAGAUGUUCAACAGAAACACAAGGAGACUCUGCGGGUACAAACUGAAACGCUGAGAGUGAACACGAUCCUGAUGAGGGAGAGGGUGAAGGUUUUCCAGCUGGUUGAUCGAUACGCUGAGCUCACGGUCAUUUCUACUGUUCGAGAUCGGAGACUGGUGGAACAUGAGCUGCUGGCAAGAGGCAGAGACCACGAGGAGUGGAGAGUGAAACAUCUCCGCGGAGAGCUGGAGAAACUCCGGACAGAUCGGUUGUUCCAGAGCAGCUUUUCCCGGAGUAAAUCCAAAUCUGGGAGUUCAGCAGCAGUGGCCGGAGUCCCGGGGAUCGGGAAAACAACACUGGUACAAAAGAUUGUUUAUGACUGGGCCACGGGGAAAAUAUACCAACAAUUCCAGUUUGUCUUCAGUUUCAAAUUCCGGGAUUUAAACUCCAUUAACUGCAGAAUAAACCUGAGGGAACUGAUUCUGGAUCAAUAUCCUUACUUUGGGAAUAUCCUGAGAGAGGUCUGGAAGAACCCAGAGGGAUUGCUGUUUAUAUUCGAUGGUUUGGAUGAAUUCAAACACAGAAUCGAUUUUGCUGACAGUCGGAGAGAUACAGAACCCAAGCACCAGUGCCCAGAUCCCGAGUGGUGGUGUGAAGUGUCUGUCAUUGUGUACAGUUUAAUUCAGGGCAAGCUGCUCCCAGGGUGUUCAGUACUGGUGACCACACGUCCCACUGCGUUAGGUUUAUUGGAAAAGGCGGAGAUCAGUCUCUGGGCUGAAAUCCUCGGAUUUGUUGGUGAGGAACGGAAGGAAUAUUUCAUCAGACAUUUUGAAGAUCAGACGGUGGCGGAAGCUGUGUUCAAGCAUGUGAAGGAGAACGAGAUCCUGUACACCAUGAGCUACAACCCCUCCUACUGCUGGAUCCUCACUCUGGCACUGGGCCCCUUCUUCACACAAAGAUUCAGGGACCCACAGCGAGUUCCCAAGACCAUCACCCAACUGUACUCCUACUAUAUUUACAACAUCCUGAAAAACCACGGCCGUGAGAUUGAGAAACCCCGUGAGGUGUUACUCAGGGUUGGUCAGAUGGCCUUCAGAGGAGUGUACGAUAAGAAGAUUGUGUUUACAGAUGGAGAUUUGAUCAACUACAAUCUGCAGCCUUCCCAGUUCCUGUCCGGAUUCCUGAUGGAGCUUUUGGAGAGAGAGGAUUCUGCCCGGAGCGUGGUGUACACAUUCCCACACCUCACCAUUCAAGAGUUUGUAGCUGCAGUCGCACAAUUCCUGAAUCCACAUCCCGGGGAUAUCUUGAAAUUCCUCACUGAGGCCCACAGCACGACAGAUGGGCGAUUUGAGGUAUUUCUCCGUUUCGUUGCUGGUCUCUCCAACCCAAUGACAUCUCGGGGCCUGGAGGAGUUUCUGGGUCCAUUUCCUCAUCAAACAACCUGCCGGGUGAUUGACUGGGUGAAGGAGGAGGUUAAACGCCAGAUUGGAAACACGAGGAGUGAAGCUGGUAAAAGGAGCCUCCUGAACACAUUGCACUACCUGUUUGAGUCUCAGAAUCGUGGACUGGCUCGGGCCGCACUGGGAUCUGUGGAAACACUUUCAUUCAGUGGAAUGACACUGACCCCGAUUGACUGCGCGGUCCUGUCUCAUGUCAUCGGACUCUGUGAUACAAUAAAACACCUCGACCUGGAGAGCUGCCACAUUCAGUGUGAAGGAAUCCAGCGGCUGGGACCCGGGCUGCACAAGUGCCAGGAGUUGAGCCUUGGGCGGAAUGAACUGGGAGAUUCAGGAGUGAAACUGGUGUCUGCGGCUCUGAGGAACCCGGAGUGUAAAAUACAGAAACUGCGGCUGCAGAAUGUCGGUCUCACAGAUUCUGGUGCCGAGGAUCUCGUCUCCGCUCUCAGUACAAACCGAUCACUGACGGAGCUGUACCUGAAUGGUAAUGAACUGGGAGAUUCAGGAGUGAAACUGGUGUCUGCGGCUCUGAGGAACCCGGAGUGUAAAAUACAGAAACUGGGGCUGUGUGAGGUCGGUCUCACAGAUUCUGGUGCCGAGGAUCUCGUCUCCACUCUCAGUACAAACCGAUCACUGACGGAGCUGUACCUGAAUGGUAAUAAACUGGGAGAUUCAGGAGUGAAACUGGUGUCUGCGGCUCUGAGGAUCCUGGAGUGUAAAAUACAGAGACUGUGGCUGUACGAUGUCGGUCUCACAGAUUCUGGUGCCGAGGAUCUCGUCUCCGCUCUCAGUACAAACCCAUCACUGACGGAGUUGAACCUGGGAUUAAACUCGCUGACAGACCGAUCUGUCCCCGCUCUCCGCCGCCUCAUACUGACCCUCCCGAGUCUGGAGUGGAUCGUGCUGUGGAUGAAUCAGUUCAGUGAGACCGGGAAGAAGGAACUGAGAUCUCUGGAGGAACCCAGACCCGGACUGAGAGUGUCCAUGUGAACAUCUGAAUGUGUGAACAUCCCCGCCCGCGGGAUGGGGACGUUUUGGCCGAUUCCUCGCCCUCCCCUUUAACCCCUCCCCCACCUUCCCCUUACCUUUAAUGUCCGCGCGCCAGGUUUAAUUCCCAACCGUUCUAACGGAGCUGGUUCCGUCCUCGCGCUUUGCGUCGAUCUUUGUGCGCCCGUAGUGACGUAUUUCCGUCUCCUGUCCAGCGGCGCUGCUUCCGCCGGAUAUGCGGGUUCGAGACCCCGGGGAAUGACACAGACAGGAAGAGCCCGGGGGCCGGGGCUCAGUCUGGGACACCGGUGUCCCGGGGUGGGAUUAUCCCGGGAGUACGUAAUGCUGGCUGGCCUGCUGCGUUCACGGGCAGCUUUUGUGUGUGUUCCUUGGUUAAUGUGGCCGCCGGGGAUGGAGUGAGACACUGACUUACAAUGGCCACUGUCGCUCACAGAAUCUAUGGCGAAGGAACAUGCGGGGCCCGUGGAUACAAUCCCGGGAUCGAGUGUCUUAUUGAUUGUAAUGACAGUAGUUUAAUUUGUGAUUUAUAUAGUCUUGGGUAUUACAUGUAUGUUUUAAUUCUAAUAAUU